AUGAACGAACCCUGCAAAGCUGAAUUAGCCAUGUCUAUCGAUGCAGUGUCGGACACUUACUGGCAAACAGCCAGAGGUACCAUCAGAGAAAGAUGUGAGGCCGUUUUCAAUCAAGAGCUCCUUAGCGAUGUGAAGUUCGUGGUCCGUGACUCCAGAGGCGGAAGUAAGACGAUUCCCGCUCACAAGUUCAUGUUAGCGAUCAGUAGUCCAGUAUUUUUUGCUAUGUUUUAUGGUAAAGCAGCAGAGAUGAAAGAUUCGGUGGAGAUUUCUGAUUGUGAGUAUGAAAGCCUGUUGGAGUUGUUUCGCUUUAUCUACAGCGACAAGGCGAAACUGAACGCUGAUAAUGUCAUGCAGUUGCUUUAUUUAUCAAAGAAAUAUAUGCUGCCUACUUUGGCUGAGAAGUGCUCUGUUUUCCUUAAAGAGAACUUAAACGCGUUAAACGUGUUUCACAUUUUGCCGGAUGCGCAGAAAUACGAAGAGAAAGAUUUGAUGAAUCACUGCUGGAAGAUGAUUGAGACACAGACAGAAGAAGCUGUAAAAUCAGAGGGUUUCGUCACAGUCGAAAGGUCAGUACUAGAGGAAUUAGUGGAGAAAAAUUCGUUGAAUAUUAAAGAAGUGGAAUUAUUCAAAGUUAUCGAUUGCUGGGCUGAAAAGGAAUGUAAAAAGCAAGGCCUCGUAGCUGAAGGCUCCGUGAAAAGAAGAGUUCUUGGGGAACGUGUUGUUCAAGGAAUUCGUUUUCCUUUGAUGGGGCAGACAGAGUUUGCUGACAUCGUCCUUGAUUCAGAAAUACUUACACUCAGAGAGACGAACCGUCUGGUCAAGUAUUUUAACUCUGUGCUAAAUGAAUCAGUAGGAUUUCUCGAAACCGAGAGAAAUGGGGGAAAGCAAGAUAUUUCUAGGUUUCGAUCACUAGACAGAGGGUGGUGGUAUAAUUCCGACUAUCCAAACUGUAUAGAUUUUGAUGUUGACAAAAACAUACAUCUACACGCAAUCCACUUUUUUGGAAGCGAUAACAGUAAAUAUUCAGUGACACUAGAGGUGUUAGAUCAUAGCAGUGGCAUUUCUGUUAGAAAGCGAGAAGGGAUUUUUUUAUCUAAGCAGAUACAGUGGGAAAUUGGAGAUCACCAAGGUCACCAAGGCUUUGAUAUUGUAUUUGAGCCGCCGAUUGCUAUAAAAGCAAACAAACGGUACCGAAUUUCGGCUGCCAUUACUGGUCCCCCAUCUUGGUAUGGAACAAAUGGCUGCUCUACUGUAGAAAAUUCUGGAGUGAGAUUUCACUUUGCUCCGGGUUUAAUUCCCACCAGUUAUGAAAGGGGACAGUUUUCUAGAUUUGUGUUUACUCUGGACUGA